CCUCCCAUGGAGCUCACACACUGUGCUGUUUACAGCAGGCAGAAGGGGGAGCACUGGUGGCCUCUGGAAGUCUGACCAGGAUGGGGCUGUGCCUGCCGUGUCUGGGGGGAGCAGCUGAAGAUGUGGUGGAGACCCCGGACCCAGAACUGAGAAGAAGACAACUAGCAGAUGCCGCCGAAAAGAGGCAGAUGGAAGCAUCUGCUCGGGGAGUGAAAAAUCCACAGUCAGUAGAACAAAAGAAAAAGAGAAUGGAGGAAAUUGAUAAAACAACCUCUGAUUCUAUUCCUGCUGGAGGUGGUGGAGGACUUAGGUGGCAAGUUGGCUAACGAAGUUGGAAUUCUGAAGAGUAGAAAAAACAGAUGAUAUUGAAGGAAGUUCUCCAUUAUUCAACUUUUGCCGUUGUUUGUGCCGCCAUCGGGCAGACGGUAUAUACAAGUGGCUAUAAAGCUGUUCUUGCUCUCGGAUUCCUGCAUUCUAAUGCUUUGUAAUUUAAAUGCAGCACUUGGAAUACCCUAGAGGGUCCUUUCUUACUGAAUUUUCACCUAAUACUAAGGAGUUAAUAGGACAUGAAAGCAAUUUGUAAACCUAUAUUUUUAGAUGAUGCAUUUAUGAUUUUGGAAAUUGAAUCUGCCAGGUACAUUUUUGGCAUAAAUACACUACAUAGUAAAUAGUAUUGAACAUAUCUAUAUAAUAAAAAUGUCAUUCCCCCCAUGUUGUUUAAACCAUAUGUGUUUAGGAAUUGCUUUUAAUGUCCUUUAACACCAUUCCUUAUCACGUGUUCUGCAAGGGAAAUCAAACCCAAACAUUUUCUUUUGUGAUUCAGACAAAAUAUACAUUUUGAAAGAAGUUCCAAUUUGCUUUGUUUCUAUUGUUUUAUUUGUUGAAGAGAUACAUAGGUAGGUGUCUGGAGUACUACAUGCUGUCAUCUAGUGCUUUUGCAUAUGUAUAAAAUUCUUGCAAAACUGCUGUCAUAUAGUGUUCCAGACACAUGCAUUCCACUGAGCUAAAGUCCCUGUUUUUCAACAAUGAUUCAGAAUCAUAAUUGAUGAUUCAGGUGGAACAUGCAAUUUUAAGCAACUUUCUAAUUUACUCCUAUUAUUUUUUCGUUCUCUUGGUAUCUUUAUUUAAAAAAGCAAGAAUGUAAGCUUAGGAGACGGCCCAUUUUUGGUUCAGCAUGUGGGUAGCACUUUCUGAUUGGUGUCUAAAUGAAGCAAUCAAUCAGCAAGUUCUACCCAGGUGCUUAGCCAAAAAUGUGUCGGCUCCUAAGCUUACAUUCUUUUUUUUUUUAAAUAAAAAAGUACCUACAGAACAAAAAAAUAUUAAUAGGAGUAAAUUAGAAAGUUGCUUAAAAUUGCAUGCUCUAUCUGAAUCAUGAAAGAAAAAAUUUGGGUUUAUAUCCCUUUAAGCAAUGACUGUUCUAAGUUUACUGUAUCUAUUUUGUAUCAUGUGUUGUAUGAAAUGAUUGUAUGUGAUCACUGGAGUUUACAAGCAUUUAUGGAAAACAUUUUUUUUUUCUCCCAAAAUCUUCUAGUGCCUUUCUGUGCUCAUUGGGUAUGCGCUAUUAUCCAAUUAAGAUACUGCUAUUUGUAAUAAUUGUAUGUGCAAAAUGUUACUAUGUUGCUUUUUUUCAAGGUGAUUAAGAUAUAAUGGGGAAAAUGAAAGAUGAAGAAAAUAUGGUUUAAAAAUUACAGUCCAAUAUGUAUGAAAAACUAGGAACACAAUUUAAAGGGCUGUUAUAAUGAUAAAAUUGCAUGCUCUAAAUCUAUAGAUCAUGUAAUUUUGUCACUAGCAAUGCUAUGUGUUUAAUCCCUGCAAAGUGGUUAAAGACAUAGUUUAAAGUGCCUCUUGGGAGCUGCAGAGCACUGCUGGUCCAAAGUGGAAACUGCCUCUGAUUCAAUCAGCAAAUCUAGUUGAGCAUGUCAUUUUAUCACUGUAAUAGCUCUUUACAUAAUAUUGUUUUAAAACCACAAUUUUAUUGUUACCGUGGCUAUAGCUGUUAACUUGCAUUUCAAGAAUUAUUAUUAUUAUUAUUUAUUAUUAUCGGUUAUUUGUAGAGCGCAAACAGAUUCCGCAGCGCUAAAUGCUUUAUAAUUUUGGUCAUAAACCAAAGUCUACUAAGACCAUUUUCUGGUUUCAUCAGGGGAGUGUCAGAGAAAUAAUAAAAAGGGACACUAUAUUUUUUUAAUUAGCAAACCUAUAUUAAAGGAAUAUGAAGGAGCAAUAAAAAAUGCUUGAGCAUUUCAUUGUUGCUGUAUUGCUUGAACAACAAAAGGAUUGGACUCAUAGCUAAUGUCAGCUCUAGAUCAGCAAUGCAAUAUUAGCAUAACACAGACGCUGCCAAACGCCUGCCUUGUUCGGCUAAAGAUCUGCAGUGAAUUGCCAUUCUGGAGCUGUCUUUAACUAUGUGCUUAAACUCUUUGCUGGGGUUAAACACAUGGUUCUGUUUACAAUGUUCUUUAGCACACUAGAGCAUUUUGUUAAUGUUCCUUUAUGUCCCUUUAAUAAAGAUUACAAUUAAGAUA